UGCAAAAUCAUUUCUUAUUCUAUUUUUUGUUUGCUUUUUCUUUUUCCUUAUUAACCCUAGCAAAGAAGAAAAAAGCAAGAGAGAAGAGAAAGAGAGAGAGAUCCCUGUGUGUGUUUAUAUGCACACACAUAUAUUUAUUAGAGGAAGCAAAUCUGUGGAAGAUUAAUAGGAUAUUUUUGGGUGUGGAAUUUGGAUCUGAUUUUGAAAGACAUUUUGCAGGAUGGCAGAUGGUAUAUUCUUUUGGGGUCCUGUAACAUCUAAAGAGUGGUGUGAGCCAAAUUAUGUGCAGUCAUCUUAUAUUGCAGAAUUCUUUAACACUAUUUCAAAUAUCCCAUGCAUUAUCUUGGCUCUCAUUGGUCUUGUGAACGCCCUCAGACAACGGUUUGAGAAAAGGUUCAGUGUCCUCCAUAUAUCAAACAUAAUACUUGCCAUAGGGAGCAUGACAUAUCAUGCCACAUUGCGGCAGAUGCAACAGCAAGGUGAUGAGACACCAAUGGUCUGGGAGAUGCUGCUGUAUAUUUACAUCCUCUAUUCACCAGAUUGGCAUUAUCGGAGUACAAUGCCAACCUUUUUGUUCCUUUAUGGUGCACUCUUUGCCAUUGUGCAUUCACAGAUUCGCUUUGGCAUUGGUUUCAAAGUACAUUAUGCGCUACUGUGCCUUCUUUGCGCUCCUCGGGCAUACAAGUAUUACAUUCAUACAGAGGACUCGUUGGCAAAGCGGCUCGCAAAGUUAUAUGUGGCUACGUUAUUGAUCGGAGCUGCUUGCUGGCUAUGUGAUCGAUUAUUCUGCAAGCAAAUUCAGGGCUGGUACUUUAAUCCACAGGGUCAUGCAGUGUGGCACGUGUUAAUGGGUUUCAACUCGUACUUUGCAAAUGCAUUCUUGAUGUAUUGUCGUGCUCAGCAACGUGAAUGGAAUCCCAAAAUCAAGCACUUGUUCGGAUUCUUUCCAUACGUGAAGAUCCAGAAACCAAAAACCCAGUAGCAGAGGUUACUUCUCUGUUGAGCCGAGCCUAUAAUACGAAACAUGUGCAGGAAAUGGCACAGAUGAGCAAAAGCAAGCACUUGCAAUUUUUUCCUCUUUUCCCAUUUUGCAGAAUGUAAUGUAAAUGAAUGUCUGGAAUAGUUUUGACUUGACCGAAUAGUGGUUAAUUUUUGACUCUGUAAAAUUAGUGGUUUCCCAGUGUACCAUAUAUUACACUCCCACAGAAGAUAACAUGGGAUAACUAGUUGAUUCUUUUUUUUUUCUUUUUGUUUCUGAUAAUUUUUCUUUUACUUUCUUGAAUA